AUGGAUCCAGGCAGCACCAGCACGCGACCUCCCGCAGACGAGCCCGCCUCUGCACCCAACGCCGUGGCAGCCGCGACGAGCCCGCGAGCCCUCGACGCCCCCCGACGAUGCUUCAUCUGCCUCAACGAUGAGGAGCCCACCGAUCCCCCCUCGUCCUGGGUCGACCCGUGCCCGUGCACGCUCGAGGCGCACCAGGACUGCAUGCUCUCGUGGGUUGUCGACUGCGAGCGCUCCAACAAGCCGCUCCAGUGCCCCGUCUGCAAGUCCACCAUCAGCAUGGAAGGGCCCUGGGACCCCGUCGUGAGCUUCCACGAUGCUGUGCUGCGCCGCUUCACCCGCGCCAGCCCGUUCCUGCUCGUCACCGGCUUGUCCCUGGGCGUCCAGGUCAGCUCGCAGAUGUAUGGCGCCAUGGCCAUGUGGUUGUUUUCGGGUAAGGAUGCGCUCGUCGAUUACAUGCUGGGAGGCCCGAACCAGCCCUUUGGUGGCAUAUCGUCACAUUCAUCCAAGGUUGAGAGGAUUACCAAUGCUGCCGUCCUGAUGAAUAUCGCCCCGGCUCUCCUCAUCGGCCAGCUCAUCCCCGGACUCGGGAACAAGCUCUUUGUCCCUAUGGGCUCAUUGUAUGGCAUCUACCAUGUCAUGAAUGACGACGAAUUCUUUACAUGGCCGCCAUCACCGCAACUGGCCAUCGCCGUCUUCCCCUACGUGCGGUCAAUCUAUUACAACCUUUGGCGGGAAUUUGUCUUCCCUUACGAAGUUAACCUAAACCGCCGAAUCCUCGGCCUCCCCCCUGCCGAGCCCCGACGAAACGAAAGAGGCAGAGAUAACGGCCGAAACGGCGAGCGUAACGCCGAGGGCGGCGUCGUCGGCUUUCUGCAGACUCUACUGGAUGCUCUAGACCCGGACGAGGAGGAGCAAGAAGAAGCGCGUCCGCAGGCUCAGCUUCCGCAGAUUGAGAUUGUGGAGGAGCCGGUUCCCGAAGAGCAAGUCAUCUUCGAGUUCCACUACGCUGACGUGGGUGAGGAUGACAUCUUGCUCCCCGAUGAGGACGAGCCGGUCGAAGCACAUGAGGAUGCACAUAACGAACCCCCGGCUCCAAACCAAGCCGAGCCGGCCGAACAGCAGGCAGCAGACCAGGAGCCCGCCGCCAACCACCGAGAGGCUGCCCAGCCACCACCAGCGCACCGCCCAGGGCUCGGCACCAUCCUCUCCAACAUGUCCAACGCUCUCGUCAGCGCUCUCAUCCUCCCCGGCAUCUCCUUUGCGGUUGGCGAGGCGCUACGGCUGCUGCUCCCCAAGUCCUGGACCACUUCACUGCGGCCGGGGCUGUUGCAGCACCAGUGGGGCCGCAGUCUUAUCGGAGGGUGCCUCUUCGUCGUGAUUAAGGACGUGGUGAGGCUCUACUCCAAGCACCGCAAGGUCGCGGCGAUGGGCAACCGCCGCGUCAAGAAUGUGGACAGGCGGAGGAGAGGGAAGUGA